GAAUAUUGUUUACAGGAAAGUGUAUGCAGAACAUUGGAGUACGAGCAGGUGAUUCCCGAGAUAGUUUAGGACGAGGGCGAUUCUUCCCAUUUGUGCCAGAACAUCAUUUAGUUCCUGGACACAUAGGACCACAGAACUGGUACUGGGACUGGAUAUACUACCCCAACAAAGUUGGUCUAGAAUGCUGCUCAGACACUGCUGUGUCUUUCCACUAUGUGCCACCCAAUAAGAUGUAUGAACUAGAGUAUCUUUUGUAUCAUCUGAGACCAUAUGGCAUUAACCACAUGGAUCCCUUCCCACCACCGCUUCCACCUGAUGUCAACAGCAUUCCACAAAAGGUUAUUGACAAGUAUAAAGAAUCAGCUGUUGAAGCAAAACCCACUUCUGGAGGCGGCCAUGCUCCAGAAACCAAACAGAGUAAUAUCAAACAAGCAGAGCAAGGGCCAAGAGAUAGGGAAAGCCCAGAAGCAGCAAAAGAAGCAGAAAAGGUUCAAGUUGGAAUAUAGAAUGAUAAUUCUUUUGAUCUUAUUUUCUUCUUUUCCAUAGAGGAGAAAAGGUACCUGUAAGAGGCCAAAUCCAAUGAUGUUGGCAGUUACAUAUGUGCAAAUAGAACAUGACAAAGUUAUUCCUUUGACCAAACAUAGCUUUAAGUUCUAAUAGCCAUGUAGUAUUCACUAUA